AUGAGCGUUUACCGUCGAGGCCUUGCCGAAAUCGGCAUUAAUAGGACGCCGCUGCCUAAUCGAAGCAAACCUGCUACUCUGAAGGCGAGUAUCAACAGCGAAGAAAAGCUGAAGAAUAGCGCCGAUUCUACAACACUUUCAACUGUGCCUGAGAUUGACUAUUCAUCGCGAGUUGAUGAUGACCAUUAUUACAUGUUGAAGUCGCCUUAUCAACUCAAAACUCCGGUCAUCCAAGAAUCUACUCCAAAGAAGAUGGAAUUGCUGCAAGAUGAGGAACCAAUCGAACAUUUUGAUGGAGUCGACGAUGAUGGACGAUUUCAUCUCGAAGAAUUCGCCAGGCCCGCUCCCGUACUUAAGAAGGCUACUUUAACUCAAUAUGUUGGAAACGCUGAGCCCAUUGAGCGUUUUGGAGGAACGGAUGAAGAUGACGGUCGUUUUCAUUUUGAUGAACCAUUUGGAGAUUGUCCAGUUCUUUUGGAGCGUGACUAUGGGAUGGACGAGAAUUUAUCGAAGGCUGACGUGGAAAGGUAUAGUCGUCAGCUACUUGUUCACGAAUUUGGAGUCAAUGGUCAGAAGGGACUGAAAGCGGCACGAGUGUUGGUGGUGGGUGCAGGUGGACUUGGAUGCCCGACAGCCAUGUACCUAGCAGGAGCUGGUGUUGGAACGCUUGGAAUUGCUGAUUUUGACAAGAUUUCCAAGGAUAAUCUCCAUCGUCAAGUUGCCCAUUCGGAGACGCUUGUUGGAAAAUUGAAAGUGGAUUCAUUGAAGCAAAGUAUUCUAAGUUUAAACAGUAAUAUCGCCGUGCGAACAUUUUCGACGGUGUUGAAUGGAGCACAAACGAUGGACAUAGCCAAGGACUUUGAUGUUGUUGCCGAUUGUUCAGAUAAUGCAGCUACAAGAUAUAUGCUCAAUGACGUCUGCGUUUUUCUUAAUAAGCCUCUGGUUAGUGGUAGCGCAUUACGCUGGGAAGGUCAACUUACUGUCUACAAUUACGGAGAGGAUGGUCCAUGUUAUCGCUGUCUCUUCCCACAUCCACCAGCCGCACAUUUGGUCACGAACUGCAGUGAAGGAGGGCAAAAAGAUUGUGCCGUUUGUGGGGAAGCACCCACAAUUCACGCUCCGAUCGAUUACGAAGUCUUUUGUGGCUCCGGGGUUGUAGAUAAGAAUCCAUCACUCUCGUUGUUGGAUCCAAAUGAACGCGUCAGUGUGAGCGAGUAUUCGACGGCGAGAAAAUCACCGACCAUUUUGGUAGACACUCGACCCAAACACGAAUUUGCGAUUGCAUCGCUUCCUGAAGCACGAAAUAUUCCAAUGGAUUCGUUAAAGCAACUGGAAGACAUAGAACUACGAAAGUUGCUGGGAUUGUCUGAAGCGGCUGAUGUUUUCGUGAUUUGUCAUCGCGGAAACGACUCUCAGUUGGCGGUUCGAUUGAUACAGGAGCGUUUCAAAUCAGAGAUCGAAUCUAACGGAUUUCAAGUGAAAGAUAUCAUCGAUCGUGUUUCGUUUGAAUUUCCCGAUAGCGGUCACGUGAAGGCGAAACUUUCGCCAUCAGAUCUUGACUUAUUGGAGGGCAAGCAGAGAGUCGGAAGCUCUCCCGAAUCGACUAGAGUAAGUGACCGAUCUUUUCGGGUGCGGCGUGACGUGGCAAUCCGUUUGUAUGCUUCACUUCUGGCGUUGUUCACAUUUGGCCUAACAAGUCUCGUUCUACAUGGCCUUACCGUUGCUUCACGACUCUAUCUUCAAGCCAUUGCCGGGACAUCAAUCCUAGUGGUUUUGUGGACUAUGCUUCGAUGGACAAGGCUGCACUCAAUGAAACUAUCGCGAAAGAUUCGACCGAUACUUGAUAUUGCUCAAGUUCUACGUACGAAUACACUGUUUCGUGGAGAUGGAUCAACCGUUCUUUGCCCCGAAAUUUAUCGAGCCUACGAUCUCUGCUGCGAAGAUCCGACCAUCAACGAGUCGAUCCCGAGAACUAUUGAUAGUGACGGUAGCCCGCCAGCAUCUCCAACCGGGAGUAGAAAGAAGAAA